AUGGACCCACCUCCACCACUAAUCGAUCCUACGGCGUGCUCCUCCCUAGCGGCGCCUCCUUCGAACGUGUUCUCCUCCAGCUCAGGCGUGACCUCCACUUCGACCACGUCAUCGCCCGCGUCCAGCUUGCCCCCGGAUGCGAUCCUCGAUGCCCUCACGGCCAGUUACCCUGGUCUGGCUACAUUGUCGUAGGUCAACUAUCAUCACUUGCUCCUAUCUCAACCUGCGCCGUACUAGCUCCCUUUCCCCCCUCCACCAGUUCGGAGCAAGUGAAUGAACUCCUCCAAGACCCACACCUCUUCGACGCCUACUUCAACACGACCCCUCAAGCGCUCCAAUUGCAUCGUUCGCUCGAACAAGCACUGCAAGAGAACCUCGAGAUCGCUCGUGGGUCGUCCAUUUAUCCUCAACGGCUUCCUCGCAAGCGUGUUGACGGUCCAGGGUCUUUUGUGUGCUGGCAGAAAAGAACGAGGCGCUCCGACCACGACUGCAAGAAUUGCGUGACCAGACGAUGCAUCACUUCCAGUCCGCGAAUGAGCUCAAGGAUCGAUGGCAGUUGUUGGAUCGAGCCCAGGCGGAUCACUAUCAGGUAACGCUCACGAACAUCAACAUUCCCCCCAAAGAGACCCCUUUGAACGGAAAUUGACUCGCUCUCGACCCUAUCCACAGCGCUUCCUCCCAGCGACCCAACAAGCCCGGCUAUCCCGUGCGACCCACGCGCAGGAAUACACCUCCGAAGCACUCGUCAACGCCUUCUUGGACGGUCAGAUCGAUGAUCAGGUCUUUGUACAACAGUAUAGAGCUGUGAGGGAGGUGUAUCAUCGGAGGGCUAUAGGCUUGGAGAAGUGGCAGGACGGGAAGGUGAGUUGGAGAUGA